AUAAUUUACUGCAGUAAAUCUGUGAGCGCGAAUCAUGAAGGUCGUAGUGACGGGAGCGUCUGGGUUCCUUGGCUCUCGGCUGGCCGACGCCCUGCUUAGGACUGAACCACCUUGUCCUCUAAAUGUAACCGAGCUUAUCCUAACUGAUGUCUACACUCCUCCGCCAAGAAAAGAUCCCCGAGUCAAAGUUCUGGCACUUGACUUAACAAAACCAUCCGCUGCUGAAGAACUAGUUGGUGAAAAUUGUGAUGUCGUCUUUCACCUUGCUGCUGUUGUUAGUGGACAAGCCGAAGCUGAAUUCGAUUAUGGAUUAAAAGCAAACUUGGAUUCGACUAAGUAUCUUCUCGACGCACUCCGGAAAAAAGCACCAAAUGCCAAAUUCGUUUUCGCCAGUUCUGUAGGUGUUUUUGGAGGAGAUUUGCCACCUGUUAUCGAUGACCUGACUGCGACAAUGCCUCAAACAUCAUAUGGAACUGCAAAGGCAAUGUGUGAAUUACUAGUGAACGAUUACUCGCGCCGUGGUUUUGUGGACGGUCGCAGCGUAAGGUUACCAACAGUAAGCGUACGUGCGGGUGUCGCAAAUGCUGCGAUGACGUCAUUUGCUAGUGGAAUAGUUCGGGAGCCUUUAAACGGCGAAGUUGCAGUAUGUCCGGUAGAUACGAAACAGGAAUUGUGGCUGACUAGUCCUGCGAUAGUGAUACACAACAUUAUCCAUGCAGCAACAUUGGAUGCCAGUGCUCUGGGCAAGUGGCGUUCCAUUAACCUUCCCGGACUCUGUGUCUCAGUGGGGGAUAUGAUUGCAGCUCUUCGUGAAGUGGCCGGGGAUAAAGUUGCUUCCCUCAUUCGCUACGAAUAUAAUGAAACGAUUUCCCGCAUGGUUGCUUCUUUACCAGUGCAUUUUGAUAACAAGAGCGCUCUGAAACUCGGUUUUGCUGUGGAUGCUAACUUUAAUGAUAUUAUUUCUCUUUAUUUGAAGGAAAAGAGCUACAAAUUAAAAUAACUGUUUACUACGAUUCACAGUGAUUGUGAAAUAUUUAACUCAAAUCAAAUCUUAAUAAAUGAUUAAUUCAUAAUGCGUCUAUUAUUAUUUUUCCUAAACGUAUUGUUAGUAUAUAAACAGCUAGACCGUGAACAAGAAAUGUUUAGUAGACCAUAAAAUUGAAUGUAUCGACCUCUUAUUGUGUGAACCGUAUCAAAGAAAUUAUUCGAAGGCAAAAGUUUGGCAAAACAUCACAGAACGAUAUGAGGAGCAAAAGUAACUCAUGUUUAAUAUUUCAACACUAGUACGAGUACCGAGUGGUAAUACGAAGUUACAAGUAACAACUAAGUUAAUUAUUAAGGGCUUUUCAUAUAGUUUCUUGUACAUAUGAGUAUGUACGUGUGUCGUAACAAGCAACUUGACUGCGGGCAGACUUAUGUUUUGACGUUUAUUAAAUUAUAUUUGUGUCUUUUCUUUUCCUUGUGUUAUGAGAGAUGUAUUACUAUGUUACGUUAGUUGAAGGACGUGAAUACUUCUACAUAUGUACAGUAGUGUUAUACGAAAACUAUAAUUGAUGUCUCUUAUAAUGAUUAAAUUUGCUAUAAUUAUUUGAUUUGUAGGGAACAAAGGCAUUACGACUGUGUCUCUACGGUUGUAUAUUUUCUUACUAAAGCUGAUUCAUUGGCUCAGAUUAUUACACUAAGAGCACCUCUUUACUGUUUUAAUUACUGUGUUUUGUAUAUAAAUAUACUGGUACACAAUUA